AUGUUUUGGCUGACAGCUUCCGUUCGUGUUAGGAUCCAAGAUGCGUACGAGCGCAUCAAGGUCGAUCUUCCUGUGGGCGUCAACCCUGUGGUGAAAGUGCCUCUCUCUAUUUGGACGCACAACACCAAGCUCCACAUCGACGAAAUUGAGCCGAUGGAUACGGGAGGUGGCGGUGGCACGGCUGGUGGCACUACGGGAACGACCGGCCAGGCAAGCACUCGUCAAGUUGCCAAUGAGUCGCGGCAGGUGACGGCUAUGCAAACGCAACAGCAGGUACGAACGAACGAGGAGAUUCUGACAAGGAUUAUUGCGCAGCACAACCAGCAGCAGCUCAUGGCGCAAGAAGGUAGGACCCACAACAGUUCGGCUGCUGCUUUGAGAGGUUGGUUGGAGACUUGGCUUGGCACGGAGCUGACGAAACUGAAUGGCAACAUUUGCAGGAUUGCUGUUCAGCCUCCAAGGAUGGCAACACCUGAUCAG